AUCCAAAUAAAACAGCAAUAAGAAACAAAAUGGUGCGAUGGUGCGUUUGUCAAAGACAAAUUGGGAGGGGACAUUUAGCUAACAAAGUGCGUGAUAUUUUAAUGAAAUCGGGGGGAGGUGAACAGAAUUGUUGCUCGCAUGAAUAGGAAGUGGAGUUUGGUUCUGUUUAUGGUUUUAUGAGCUACACAAUUACCAAAAAUAUUUUCUGUUAGAAACGUGCGAGCUGUCAAUCCUACAACAAAUUGAAUAGCACGCAACCAAGAUUCAGAAACAUUUACUGCGGUACAGCCAAGCAUGGCCCAGUGGGAGAAGCUGAGGCAGCUGGAUUCUGUGUACCUGAAACAGGUGGAUCAGUUAUAUGAUGGGGAUGCCUUCCCCAUGGAUGUACGCCACUACCUGGCACACUGGAUAGAGGGCCAAGACUGGGAGCGUGCAGCGCGGGACCAUGAUGUUGCCAUGGUGCUGUUCCAGGUGUUAUUGGAGAACCUGGAUAUCCAGCACAGCCGCUUCGUCCAGGGGGGAGAGUCCUUCCUGCAGCAGCAUAACAUACGCCGUUUCAAACACAGCUUCCAGAGGUACCAAGAGGAGCCUUACACUCUGGCCAGUAUCAUCCAGUGGUUCCUUGGGAAAGAGAAGGAGAUCCUGCAGAACGCUGAGCUGGCUGAGCAGGUCCAGCUGCUGCAGGUCCAGCAGAACCCCAUGGAGACAGACAGCCAGCAGAACAUUGAGCGCAAGAUGGCAGACCUUAAGAAUAAAGUUCAGUGCAUGGAACACACUGUGAAAUGUUUGGAGGAACAACAAGAUGAGUUUGAUUUUAAAUACCAGACUCAUAACAUGGAAGGCAUCACCAACGAGGCGGCGAAGAUGGAACAGAUGAAGGUGCUGCAGGCUCUACUGAACAGACUGGACGCCUCCAGGAAGAGCAUGUUGUCCGGUAUGGGUGUGCUACUGGACAGUGCGGAGGAGCUGCUGUGUGUGCUUGUGAGGGAAGAGCUAGUGCAGUGGCAAAGGAGGCAGCAGAAGGCCUGCAUCGGAGCCCCAGACAACACCUGCCUGGACCAGCUGGAGAAGUGGUUUACAACGGAGGCGGAGUGUCUGUUCCAGGUGCGUAAGUUCCUUAAGAAGCUGGAGGAGCUGAUGGGGAAGGUGACCUACGAGCACGACCCUGUGAAGAAGCAGAAACCAGCACUGCAGAAGAGGGUGGACAGCCUCCUCACCAGCCUGCUCAAAAGUGCCUUUGUGGUGGAGACUCAGCCCUCUAUGCCCCAAGGGAAAGGGCCCUUGGUUCUGCGUACCAAUGUCCAGUUCUCAGUCAAGACCAGAUUCCUCGUCAAAUUUCCUGAGCUGAACCAUGCCAUGAAAGUGAACGUGUCCAUGGACAGGGAGGCUCCUCAGGUCAAAUGGUACCGGCGGUUCAAUGUCCUGGGGACCAACAGUAAGGCCCUGAACAUGGCUGAGAGUAUGAGUGGAGGCAUGGUGGCAGACUUCAGACAUCUGAUACUGAAGGAGCAGAAAUCUGGAGGAGGGGGCAAGGGGAUCCAUGAACUCUCUCUCAGCGUCACAGAGGAGCUGCACAUCAUCAACUUUGACACAGAGUUUCUUCUGCACGACAUGUCAGUCUCCUUAGAGACGUCCUCUCUCCCUGUGGUCAUCAUCUCCAACUCCAGCCAGCAGCAGAGUGCCUGGGCAUCCGUCCUCUGGUUCAACAUGCUUUGCCUCGAGCCAAAGAACUUUCUUUUCUUUGCCAACUGUCCCGUGGCUACGUGGCCCCAACUAGGGGAGAUGUUGAGCUGGCAGUUCCUCUCCUCCACCACGCGGGGUCUGGACUCUAACCAGCUGGACAUGAUCGCACACAAACUCUUUGGAAAGCAGCAAAGUUACGACGCCUACAAAAUCUCGUGGACUAAGUUCAGCAAGGAAAAUGUUCCUAACACCAACUUCACUUUAUGGGUGUGGUUCGAUGGUAUCCUUGUAAUGGUGAAGACUCACUUAGAGAACCUGUGGAAAGAUGGUUCUAUCAUGGGUUUUGUGAGUAAAGGCAAAGAGAAAACCCUCCUGAAGAAGAAACAGAGGGGUACUUUCCUCCUGCGCUUCAGUGAGAGCAUCAGAGAUGGAGGCAUCACCUUCUCCUGGGUGGACUACUCCCUGACCGGUGAGCCUGACGUGCGCUCGGUGCAGCCCUUCACCAAAGUGGACCUUUCCCAGAUCCCCUUCCAUGAGAUCAUCAGAAACUUCCAGAUCCUGGAGGCGGAGAAUGUCCCGGAAAACCCCCUCCUCUUCCUCUACCCUGACACGCCCAAAGUGGAGGCCUUCGGGAAGUACUACACAGAGAAGAGUGGAGCGGAUAAUCCAUACAUUAAGUACAUCAAAACUAAGUUGGUUUUUGUAUCUAAAGAGAACACACUGGAGGCUAAGUCGCCUGUGUAUUCUGACAUUGUGGAAGGCGAAGGCUCAGGGCCAAUGAACCCAAGAUAUGGUCUGUGUGGAGAGGCCUUCGGCCUAAGUGGGGACCCUCUUCCCCCAGAGCUGCUCCUGAGUCCUGACCCUGACCCCAUGCUCUCUGGUGCCAUGGAAAUGUCAGAGGAGGACCUGAUUCCGACCUUCCAGGAGUUCCUCAAUGACCCCAACGUGUAUGAGAAUAGUUUUGACUGGGAUAAUGACGACACAGAUCCCGAGGUGGCUCUACCCGGACACCCCUUCACCGCCCCUCUGCAGCCAUGUGAAUGACCACUCUCGCAGCAUUCACCACAAUACACGACAUCUAACCAAACCAGAUUAGUUACUACUGUGGAAGCACUUACCCAUAACAACUCAAAGACAACCUCCAUCCAUAUUUAACCAAACUCUGUUACCCAUACACUACUUUAGUAGUACCACCUUCAUCAGCUCUGAGCAUGCUCAUUAGACAUAACCUAGUUACAUAGUGCUUUCUAUAGUCUACACAUCUAGGCUACUACUCUUACCCUGCAUCUGUAACAAUAGAAAUGCUACGUGAUCCAUAUGUUGUGCCCAUCAGGUACAGCAUAAUAACAGCUUUCUGUGGGAAAAAAUAAAUUUUAUAUAUAUAUAUAUAUAGAUGAUAGAUAUAGUACCAGUCAAAAGUCUGGACACACCUACUCAU